AUGUUAGUGCUCGAAAUAUGGGUGAUGAUUUGGCUAUCGCCUUCUAAACUUUUUGACAUUAAAAAGCACAUGAAAUUUAAUCGAAAAGGUCAAAUGGUCUCUACAUUUGAAAUUGUCGGGAUAAAAUUAGGUGAUGAGGAUCUGUUCUCUUUAAAUGAAUGGAACACAUCUGAAGAGUACAUAUCAGAGAAUGAUUUUGAUAUGAUAGACAUGUUAUCUGCUGCUUUAGACCAAGUGACCAACCAAAUCGAGGAGAAACAGCGUGAAUUCAUCAGCAAAUCAUCCAAAUGGACCAACAAAACCAAAGAAAAUAUCAAAGUGCAGACAAAGAAACUGGAGGAACAAAAAGCGCGGAUUCAAGCUUUACUUGUCGCUCAAUAUAACAGAAUUGACAAACGCAUGAAUAGAGACGCAAAAACAGUUCAGCUUCGGGAUAAAAUUUCGUUUGUGGUCGGCGUCGGCAAUGCGUGUAUCGCACCCGCAUUGGCGUUACGUUACCCGGAUGUGAUUCCUAUUUUUUACAGCGUGCAGCUGGUCAUUUUGCUGGUGUUGCGGUAUGUCAUUUAUCGAUCCAAACGAUGGCAUUACUUUAUUUUUGAUAUUUGCUAUUAUGUCAAUGCGAUGACCAUGCUAUUUUUGUGGGUGUACCCAGACUCUAAAGUGUUGUUCAUCUCCUCGUAUGUGAUGACACAUGGGCCGGUCGCCUGGGCGAUUAUUACUUGGAGAAAUUCGUUGGUGUUUCAUUCGUUGGAUAAGGUCACAUCUUGCUUUAUCCAUAUUUUCCCACCUUUGGUGAUGUAUUGCAUACGUUGGAUGCCGGAAUUACAGCAAAUUGAUAAGGCAGCACAAAGUGCUGCUGCUACUGCUUGCGACCAUGUUACUGCCAUGAUCAACUUACGUAAUGAACGAUAUCCAGCAUUGGCAGAGAUUACAAAAGAAGGGGCCAUGCCGACCUUGAAAGACGUAUUUAUAUAUUCCACCGUUGCUUAUCUGAUAUGGCAAACACUCUAUUAUUUGUUUAUUAUGGUGGGACGACGAAGCAAAGUAGAAUCAGGGCUUCGCUUGACCUCUUAUUCAUGGCUAUUGGACACAACACAUACACAGAAGAAGAGUCUCAUUCAAAAGUUAGCAUUUUCACUGGGAGAAGAGUACAAGCUGGAAAUGUUUAUGCUGCUACAGCUUGUGUACAACAUCAUUACGUCGAUACCAACAUUCCUUUUAUUUAGAUACAUGUGGUUGAAUGCAGCAUUCCUCAUCCUUAUGUUUGCUGUGAGCGUGUGGAACGGUGCCAAUUACUAUAUUGAAGUCUUUUCACGACGGUACAUUACAGAAAUAGAAAAUAUACAUAACAAGAACAAAUAA